AUGGAAGCAAAGCAAGGAAACAGCUCAGCCGUGGUGGCUGGAGUUUCUGCGGCUGCAACCACAGCUUUUACCGCAGUGAUGAGUAACCCGGCGAUGGCGUUGGUGGACGAGAGGAUGUCGACGGAAGGAACAGGAUUACCCUUUGGUCUGAGCAACAAUCUCUUGGGUUGGAUUCUGUUUGGAGUGUUUGGUUUGAUCUGGACAUUCUACUUUGUCUACACUGGUUCUCUGGAAGAGGAUGAAGAAUCUGGUCUUUCACUCUGA